AUGGAAGUCCGCGGUUUUCCUCUACCCAAGAUAGAGCAGUCGACGCGUCCAUGGUGGGGGCACACGUCGCCUCCACCGCCUCUCCCCUCCCAUGCCUCUCUUCCCCCUCCCCUCAUUCCACCCACUUCCCCCUUCUUUUCUUCCCCCCCGCCGAUUUUCCCCAUCCCUUGCGAGCAGGAAUUCGCAGCCAAUGAGCUGCUGCCACGUGCGGCAGAGUGGGAUGCGCAGAAGCACUUCCCAGUGGACGUGCUUCGCAAGGCAGCAGGGCUGGGCUUUGCUGCUCUCUUUGUCAGAGAAGACGUGGGGGGGUCUGGGUUGGGCCGGGCUGACGGGGCGGUGGUAUUUGAGGCGUUGGCGCAUGCUGACGUCAGCACGACGGCGUAUCUCACGAUCCACAACAUGAAUGCGAGCAUCAUCGACAGGUUCGGAUCGGAGGAGCAGCAGCAAAAAUGGCUACCAGCCCUGGCAACAAUGGACCUCUUCUCCUCGUAUUGCCUCACAGAGCCUGGCAGUGGCAGCGAUGCUGCUGCUCUCAAGGUGAGACAUGGGGACCGGAUGGCGUUCAUCAGUGGAGCAACGGCUUCUGAUGUGUAUGUGGUGAUGGCGCGCACAGACGGGGAGGGGCCUAAGGGGAUAUCAUGCUUCCUGGUGGAGAAGGGCAUGCCCGGGUUAUCAUUCGGGCAGCUGGAGAAGAAACUCGGAUGGAACUCACAGCCCACUGCUGCGGUCAUUUUGGAGGAUUUGAGGGUGCCGGCAGCAAACCUUAUCGGGGGAAGGGGCAACGGCUUUCGAAUAGCAAUGACUGGGCUGGAUGGUGGGAGAGUGAACAUUGGUGCAUGCAGUGUGGGAGGGGCGCAGUUCUGUCUUGAGUAUGCUCAGCAGUAUGCAACGGACAGGAAACAGCCAAUCACAUUCUUCCAGAACACGCAGUUCCAGCUGGUCCACAUGACAGCAGCUUUUCUACCCCUCCCCGCCUCUCUUUCUUCUCUCUCCUGCCCCGCAUCGCCCUUCCAGAACACGCAGUUCCAGCUGGUCCACAUGACAGCAGCUUUUCUACCCCUCCCCGCCUCUCUUUCUUCUCUCUCCUGCCCCGCAUCGCCCUUCCAGAACACGCAGUUCCAGCUGGUCCACAUGACAGCAGCUUUUCUACCCCUCCCCGCCUCUCUUUCUUCUCUCUCCUGCCCCGCAUCGCCCUUCCAGAACACGCAGUUCCAGCUGGUCCACAUGACAGCAGCUUUUCUACCCCUCCCCGCCUCUCUUUCUUCUCUCUCCUGCCCCGCAUCGCCCUUCCAGAACACGCAGUUCCAGCUGUUUGGCAAGCCAAUCACGGCCUUUCAGAACACGCAGUUCCAACUGGCCGACAUGGCAACAGCAGUGGAGGCAGCUAGCCUCAUGUUUGGCAAGCCAAUCACGGCCUUUCAGAACACGCAGUUCCAACUGGCCGACAUGGCAACAGCAGUGGAGGCAGCUAGCCUCAUGUUUGGCAAGCCAAUCACGGCCUUUCAGAACACGCAGUUCCAACUGGCCGACAUGGCAACAGCAGUGGAGGCAGCUAGCCUCAUGUUUGGCAAGCCAAUCACGGCCUUUCAGAACACGCAGUUCCAACUGGCUGACAUGGCAACAGCAGUGGAGGCAUCUCGCCUGAUGGUUCGCAACGCCGCCACUGCCAUUGAUGUGAAAGCACCCUGGGCCACCACGGCUGCUGCCAUGGCCAAGAGGUGA